UCAUCUGCAGCAUCAGCAUCAAUCAAGGUCGUGAGCGCAAGUCAUCAUGGGAAUUAAGGCAAGGAUGCUUUGGGCGCGUCAUAACGUCCCAAUUGCGCAUGCGCCAUGCCGUCACGCCAGCUGACCGAGUAACAUCAAAUCGUGUCCCUAAUAAAUCGGGGGCUGUGGUGGGGGGGGGGGUUGUCCAUGCGUGCAUGCCGCGGCCACCGUAGCGCAUGGCGGCCCUCCAUGACGAGGACGACCACCACGACGAUGAGGAUGGGUGCGCGCGCACGUCAACGGGGGGCGGGGCCACGUCACGACAUCUUUUCCACGCAGAACCCGUAAAAAAGGCGACUUGAGGGCGUGUGUGGACGUGCUGCGGCUCGCGAGGAGCAAACCAACCAAGCUUUGUGGUCGGUCGGGCUGAUCCACGCUCAGAUCCGAGGACCUUUGAAGCACCAUUUCGCCAGCAUCACUCACCUUUCCGCCUCUUUUUUGUGACAACACCGAUUGGACUAUUCCUGUUUUAGCUAGCGGUCAGCGCAUACGGGCGGCUUGGAACGCGGAAGGCCACCUGAGGAUCGGCAACGACUGCAGGCUUAGCCUUUCUUCGGCCCCCUCGUAACAGGACCAAGUCAGCAAGACGAUGGAAGGACAGCAGCAGGGCAAGCAGGUGACGGGCUACCUCCUGUUCUCCCUGACGACGGCCGUCAUCGGCUCGCUGCAGUUCGGCUUCAACACGGGCGUCAUCAACGCGCCCGAGCAGAAACUACGUGCGUUCUUCAACGACACCUGGAUGGAGCGCUACGGCGAGCCCAUCGACGCCGGCGUCUGCACGAUAGUGUGGAGCGUCACCGUCGCCAUCUUCAGCAUGGGCGGCAUGGCGGGAUCCUUCAGCGUGGGCGUCAUGGCCGACCGCUUUGGCAGGAAGCGCUCCAUGUUCCUGGUCAACAUCCUGGCGGUGAUCGGCGGGCUGUUGAUGGGCUUUUCCACCUUGUGCUCAUCGUACGAGAUGGUGAUCGCCGGCCGGCUGGUCAUCGGCCUCUUCUGCGGACUCUUCACGGGCUUGACGCCGAUGUACGUGGGUGAAGUGUCCCCCACUCCGCUCAGGGGCGCUUUCGGCACUUUGCACCAGCUCGGCGUGGUCGUCGGCAUCCUCAUUGCUCAGAUCUUGGGCCUGGAGAGGCUGCUGGGCUCGUCGCGCCUGUGGCCGCUGCUGCUGGCGCUGACGGUGGCGCCGGCCGUGCUGCAGUGUGUCCUGCUGCCCUUCUGCCCCGAGAGCCCCCGAUUCCUACUCAUCAACCUCAAACAGGAGGAGGAGGCACGUAAAGCGCUGGUGCGACUGCGCGGCAGCGAGGACGUGGGCGGCGACCUGCAGGAGAUGAAGGAGGAGAGCAACAAGAUGGCGCUGGAGAAGAAGGUGACCAUCCUGGAGCUCCUCCGCUGCCCGAGCUACCGCCAGCCGCUUCUCAUCGCCGUCAUCCUGCAGCUUUCGCAGCAGCUGUCCGGCAUCAACGCCGUCUUCUACUACUCGACAGGCAUCUUCAGCUCGGCUGGCGUCAGCCAGCCCAUCUACGCCACCAUUGGUGCCGGCAUCGUCAACACUGUCUUCACUGUUGUCUCGCUGUUCCUGGUGGAGAAGGCGGGCCGCAGGACGCUGCACCUGCUGGGCUUGGGCGGAAUGGCGCUGGCGGCGCUGCUCAUGACCGUCUCGCUGCUGCAGAAGGACAUGGCCGGCAUGAGCUACGUAGCCAUCCUGUCCGUCAUGGUGUUCGUGGCCAUGUUCGAGCUGGGCCCGGGCCCAAUCCCUUGGUUCAUCGUGGCCGAGCUCUUCUCGCAGGGCCCGCGGCCCGCCGCCAUGGCCGUCGCCGGCUGCUGCAACUGGACCUCCAACUUCCUUGUUGGAAUCAGCUUCCCCAAACUUGAGGAAUGGUGCGGGCCGUGGGUGUUCCUGAUCUUCAUGACCUUCCUGGUGAUCUUCUUCAUCUUCACCUUCCUCAAAGUCCCGGAGACCAAAGGCAAAACGUUUGAGGAGAUCUCCCGCAGUUUCACCGGCGGGGGCGCCGCCUCAUCCCCCGUAGAGGCCCGCCCGCACCGUCCCGAGGGCGGCAACGGCACCGCCAAGGAGGAGAAGCGAGACGAGAAGGAGAAGCUCCCCCUAGUGGAGACGGGCGCCGGCAACAACGGCGAGACGGAGCCCCUCCAGGAGAAAUCGGUGGUAUUGGAGAGCGUCUAGACGCAAAGGAAACGAGACCGUCAAAGGCCGCUUCCGCAACAUCCUCAAUAUCGAUUUUUUGUCUUUUGGCUUUUCCGUGCAAUCGACAUUGCGCUAAGUCAAGUUGUGCUCGUUCAAGCCGCGUCUCUUGGCCAGCGGGCGUGGUCGGCCGUCAUGUUUGGAUCAUUUCGUGUGCGUGCGUGCGUCACUUUAUAAGCUUUGAUGUAGACACAAGCUAAAACUGCGCAGGAAAAUGUGUUAAUUUCUGAUCAUUUAUUCAUCCAUUUCAUUCAAUCAUGCUUGAUCGGAAGUUACUAAAAAAACAUUUAGUUCCAUAACUCGUUAAUUGAUUUACU